CGUUGGCGCGUGCGCAGAAGCGACGGCAUCGGCCGUCACUGGGCGGCAUGGCGGUGUGCGCUCGCCUCUGCGGCGUGGGCCCGUCGCGCGGAUGCCGGCGCCGCCAGCAACGGCGGGGCCCGGCCGAGACGGCGGCGGCCGAUAGCGAGCCGGACACCGAUCCCGAGGAAGAGCGCAUCGAGGCGGGCGCGGCGGUGCUGGCCGGGGUGGGGGGCGGCAUGUGCCCCGGCCCCUCACCGUCGCCCCCGCGCUGCUCGCUGCUGGAGCUGCCGCCCGAGCUGCUGGUGGAGAUCUUCGCGUCGCUGCCCGGCACAGACCUGCCCAGCCUGGCCCAGGUCUGCACCAAGUUCCGGCGCAUCCUCCACACCGACACCAUCUGGAGGAGGCGCUGCCGCGAAGAGUACGGUGUUUGUGAAAACUUGCGGAAGCUGGAGAUCACAGGCGUGUCCUGUCGGGACGUCUACGCGAAGUUGCUUCACCGAUACAGACACAUUUUGGGAUUGUGGCAGCCAGAUAUCGGGCCAUAUGGAGGACUGCUGAACGUGGUGGUGGACGGCUUGUUCAUCAUUGGGUGGAUGUACCUGCCUCCCCACGACCCCCACGUCAAUGACCCCAUGAGAUUCAAGCCUCUGUUCAGGAUUCACCUGAUGGAGAGGAAGGCUGCGACGGUGGAGUGCAUGUAUGGCCACAAAGGACCCCACCACGGCCACAUCCAGAUUGUGAAGAAGGAUGAGUUCUCCACCAAGUGCAACCAGACGGACCACCACAGGAUGUCUGGCGGGAGGCAGGAGGAAUUUCGGACAUGGCUGAGGGAGGAAUGGGGGCGCACGCUGGAGGACAUCUUCCAUGAGCACAUGCAGGAGCUCAUCCUGAUGAAGUUCAUCUACACCAGUCAGUACGAUCCUGCUGCCCGGCCCUCCUGUGCUGACAUGCCUGCUCCCCACAGCAACUGCCUGACCUACCGCCGUAUCUACCUGCCACCAAGCCGCCCUGAUGACCUCAUCAAGCCAGGCCUCUUCAAAGGCACCUAUGGCAGCCAUGGCCUGGAGAUUGUGAUGCUCAGCUUCCACGGCCGGCGUGCCAGGGGCACCAAGAUCACGGGUGACCCCAACAUCCCCGCCGGGCAGCAGACAGUAGAGAUCGACUUGAGACACCAGAUCCAGCUGCCUGACCUCGAAAACCAGCGCAACUUCAACGAGCUGUCCCGCAUCGUCCUGGAGGUGCGAGAGCGGGUGCGCCAGGAGCAGCAGCAGGAAGGCGGGUAUGAGGCAGGAGAGGGACGUGGCCGACAGGGCCUCCGGGAGUCCCAGCCAAGUCCUGCUCAGCCCAGGGCAGAGGCACCCAGCAGGGGCCCAGACGGGACACCUGCUGAGGACGGCGGUGAACCUGGGGAUGCCGCUGCUGUGGCCGAACAGCCUGCCCAGAGUGGGCAGGGGCAGCCAUUUGUGUUGCCCGUGGGUGUGAGCUCCAGGAAUGAAGACUACCCCCGAACCUGCAGGAUGUGUGCUGACGACUGUACCUACCUCUCGGCCCUGGUCCAAGGGGGCACUCCCCCGCCAGGCCUUUGGAGCCUUUGUGGCGGGGUGACUCUCGCCGUCUGUUGGAAGAAUUCGGCUGCUUGCAGGACAGCCUUUCUAUGGCACAGGCCUCAUCGCGGGCCAUGGCUUCACCAGCCCUGAACGCACCCCUGGGGUCUUCAUCCUCUUCGACGAGGACCGCUUCGGGUUUGUCUGGCUGGAGCUGAAAUCCUUCAGCCUGUACAGCCGGGUCCAGGCCACCUUCCGGAACGCAGAUGCGCCGUCCCCACAGGCCUUUGACGAAAUGCUCAAGAACAUUCAGUCCCUCACCUCCUGACCAGCCACAUCCCGGGUGGCUUUGGGGCUCUGGACUCUGACCUGUGAAUAGAAGCAGCAUGCACUUUGGAAAUGCAGCCUUUUGACCAGAACGCACACCUCGUUCGGGGUCCCAGCCCGGCCACACCCCAGCACUUUAUGCAGAGAGUGACAGACCUGCGUAUUUGUCAGUGCCAUGAUGGAGGAAGCUGAGCAUGUCUUACCAAAAAAGAGAAUGAACUGGAGUACAGUGGGUCUAGGGGGCCAGCUGCGGGACCGUGAGAACUGAAGCGGUGGGGUUGCCUCACCCUGGCUGGCUGGCGGUUUUCUCGGGACACAGGACUCUCCUCUGGCGCACUUUUCCUGUGAGAGGAUAGAAUGAUAGAAUGGGUCGUGUGUGAGACACAUGUGCUCCACCCCACCCCUGCUGGGGGGAGCCAGGCAGAAGUGGCCUCUGGGGAGGGAGUCAGGAAGAGAACACCCAGGCAGUGCAGGUGUGAUGGGCACAGCGUGUGGAGAGCAAGUUUGGGAAGUUGGUGGGAUAUCAGGGUUGGGGGCGGACUCUGGAUUGAAUCCCAUCUCUCUCUCGGCUCGGUCAAGUUUGGACAGAAACAUUUCACCUCUGACCUCAGCUUCCUCACCUAGGGAGUGGGUGUAGUGACCCGAGUCACUGGAGAAUGUCAAUGUGAGUGCACAACCCGGCUGACACACCUGCCCCGGCCCCUCUUCUCCAGCUUUGGAGCCAAGGCCUUUGUUCCAGCUACUUGACUGUCCUCGUCAGCCUGUUCCAGACAGGGCGUUUUGUCCUUGCUUUCCUCCAUGCACGCACACGUUGUCAAAACCAAGCUGCCAGCCAUUUUCUCUAGAACGCAAGGCUCCAGGCUCGCAUUUCUGAAGCAGUCCUUGCAUUUCUCUCCUGUGAGUGGUUUACUCAAGUGCCAGAAGUGCUCAUACGAGAUGAUGAGGAAUUUCCUUUGCAGUUGAGGGGACAGCUUUCUUGAAAAGCCACACCUAUGUCUGGGGACACAUUUUGCAAAGCAGGACCCCCUGGGGACCCUCCAGCUUGGAGACUCCAUGCACCGAUGCCUCCACUGCUGUGUUCUCCAUGUCGUGUUAACACCUCUGUGUGGGGACCCCAUCGAAACUCUUGGCUGAGGUUGGCAUCUCCUGAAGAACAGGGAGCACGGUGUCCAGAGCUGACUGUUGCCCUAGCCCGCAGCCAGCUCUGUGCCCAAGUGGGUAUCCCUGGUGAGUCUUCCCUUUCUGCCACUAGUCCUUGUGCUGGGUGCCCUGGACACAUCCUUUUGGUGAGGGACCUUGGGAAGGUGACAGUCUGUGUGCCUUUGUCUGGAGACCAACCUGAGAAUAUCCUGGGAAACAUUUUCCUGAUCAACUUCUGACUGGCCUUUAAAAAAAAAAAAUUCCCACUGCCCAGCCUCAGUGCAUUUGGCAAAUUCUUACUUGCUUCCCAGAAUCAGAAAAUUGGCAAGGUCCUUAAAUGGUAAUCUGGCCUGCCUGGGAAAAAGACUCAGGAGAAAAGCCAGUGGAGAAGGUGACAGUAGGGCUGCCCACCCAGGAGCCAUGCAGAUUCCGAGGCGCACCUGCCAGCUCCGUGUGGCCAGUUUCUAGCAGCUUUUGCAGCAUUAGCGUACACGCUUUGUCACUCCUUGCCCUCUGUAGUGGUCACUAUUUUUCUCUCAUGCCAAAUGAUGCAGUCCCUGAGGGAUGGUGACUUGUGGCCCUGAAGCCUGGGGGGACCUUCGGGCAUGUAGACUGGCACCCUUUAGGGUUUACCAUUGUUUCAAUAAAAUCAAGAAAAUGCAUUUUUGCCAAGAGCCUGAGUCUUGCUGUAAGGGACCCUGUCCCUCAGAGGCAUGCCCUUUGGGGCCUGAAGAGCACACUGGUGGGAGACGAGCACUUCUGAUUAAAGGACUCUCAAAUCUCAACUAUGCUUCCCGUGUUUGGGUGCAUAAAUGGUUUCCACUCAGAAAGUCUCAAAUAGCUAUGGGCUGUAAGUCAGUUCAUGUGGCUUCUGGUUCUGGUGUAUGUGUUGUGGGGGUUUUUCCAUGGUGGUGACCUGUGGUGAUGCCAGGCAGGGCUGGAGCCAUGCAGCCGGGAAGGGGAGGCCUUCUUGGCCGCACAGCCAAUCCCUCCCAGUCAUGACUAUAGGUCUUGUUUUUUCCACUCUGCUGUGUCCUUAGCCAGUUCUUGGCUCUGCUUCUGUAGGGACAGGCACAGAGACUGUGUGCCUCCAAGCAUGGCAGCUUCGCUCACUGGGGAAAGCAGCCACCCUCUCAGAGGAACCUGCAGUUGGUCCAUUCCCUGCAGGUGAGGACUCGGAAGGGCUGAUGUCAUCAUCAGAGGCCUAAGGGCAGCUGAGAUUUAGAUAGAACUGUUUUUAAGGAGGUUGAGUAACCCAGUUUGCGACAGCCAAGCACAUUGGAGCUUGACUGGGAAGGUGGCAGGUGGAGCUGGGAGGUCGGUGCUCUCCAUCUUUUGCCCCAAAGAUGCUUUUCCUCGCCAUCUCACUCCUCUGGGGCAGGAUCGAGUCUGCUGUCUGGAUGGAAGGUGGCUACCUGCAAUGCAGCUCUGCGCACCUGAAUGUCCUCUUUGUCACUCGUUUGGAAAUGAUGUGAUUGAAGAUUUUAGACAGGUCACUGGGGACUUUUCUGUACCAGCACUGAAUGUUUGCAUGAGGAAGCUGCAAACAUCUGUAGGCUGAGAUUCAGGGCAGGUGGUAUUGGGGUCCCUCAGCCCAUCUGACCUGGGCCCUGACCUCAGGGCCUGCUGCUGAAUGUGAGUGGCUUUGUAGGCCUGGUGGUGGGAGAGCGUCAGGCUCCCUUCUUUCUCAUUCCUGACCAUGCCCUGGGCCCCUUCGGCCUGGCUGUGGCUCUGUGGCAACCCUGCCCUGACACUGGCACCUGUGUCCCUAGCAAGCCCACCUGGCACACAAGGGAGGGGUGGGCGGUCUUGGCUUUCCUCUAGCCACAUGCCCUGCUGGCCACUCCAUUCCCAGCUAUGUGCAGAACUGGGUGAAAACUGGAGUUUUUUCUUUGAGAACUUGGGAGUUGUGCUGUAGCCGUAUGCGAGGGCCUUCCAGCUGCUGGCUCUGACCUCCCUGACUUGGAGGUUUGUUCACUCCCAGGCUUUCUCGUCCGCACAUGGUUAGGCCGUUUGCAGUGCUUGUGAGCAGUCAUGGACAGCAGCAGAACCUUCAUUACUUCAGAACACCCAUCCACGUGCAUCUCCUGAGCUCCUGUUGUUCUCCUCAUGGCUGUGGGGGUCUCGAAUAUGAACAGGAGACACCGAGCUGCGGUCCACCAUCCAAGGCUCUGCUGAAAGCUGCUAGGCCCUUCUAGGACCUUUCUAUUCUGGUUGCUACCUUCAUGGUGUGACUUUUAAUAAUGCUUACGGGAAUGUGCUCAUAGAACUGCCACCUGUCCUGAGAAUAGAGCUCUUAGAAUCACGAUGAGGUCCCGUGUUAACGUAGACUGACCUGUCUGUGUUUCCAGGGAGAGACCAGGAACAUCACUUGACUACACAUCCUCAGCAUUUUUUGUUUUUUUUUUGAGAUGGAGUUUUGCUCUUGUUGCCCAUGCUGGAGUGCACUGGCGUGAUGUUGGCUCACCGUAAUCUCUGCCUCCCUGGUUCAAGUGAUUCUCCUGCCUCAGCCUCCUGAGUAGCUGGAAUUACAAGCAUGCGCCACCAUGCCUGGGUAAUUUCUCCAUGUUGUUCAGGCGGGUCUUGAACUCCCAACUUCAGGUGAUCUGCCUGCCUCGGCCUCCCACAGUGCUGGGAUUACAGGCGUGAGCUGCUGCACCCACCCCAGAAUAUUUAGAGUAGAAGAAAGCAGAUGAUGAUUUCUGUUUGGCUGAUACUUUUUUGAGACAGGUUCUCACUGUUACCUGGGCUGGAGUGCAGUGGCAUGAUCAUGGCUUACUGAGGUCUCAACCUCCUAGGCUGAAGCAAUCUACUCGCCUUAGCCUCCCAAGAAGCUGGGACCAGAGGCACCCAUCACCAUGCCCGGCUAAUUUGUUUUUGUAGAGAUGGGGUUUUGCCAUGUUGCUUAGGCUGGUCUUGAACUCUUCAAGCCAUUCACCCGCCAGCCUCCCAAAGUGCUGUGAUUAUAGGCGUGAGCCACUGCACCCAGCCUUGGCCUGUACUUUGAAUGGGGAUGAGACUGUGCAAACCAUGGAAUACCUGUGUCACCCACAGCUCAGUGGCCUGCAUGCCAGGAGACCAGCCAGAGCACAUGAGGUCAGAGCCAUGUGGGUUUUGGGCUGAUUCUGUAUUUGGUUGUUCCUGGAGGUGACAUAACCUGCCUGCAGAAGGAAAGCGCUGUGCCAUCGAUUGUGAGCCCCUUCGUACCCCACUAGUAAGGUGACCUUGUAGCAGGAGCUGUGCUCUGCCUGGGUAGGCACCCACUAGGCAGGACUGGAGCAAGCCCAGCAGCUGCCACCUGCACCUGUGCACUUGUAUUUCUCCUCACCAUUUUAAGUAAAUCUGUUUUUCAAGCCUU